CUGAAGGGACUAAUUGAUGUAAUUUGGAGUCACAUAAAAAGCUUCAGCGGGCCAGAUUUGUUCCCCGGUCCAUGAGUUUGACACAUGAGCUCUAACCGAGCUUCAUGUUGACCAGGUGAAGCAUGAAAAGGAUUUCUAAGCUCCUGAGACAGAAAGAGCCAAUCACAGCUCCAGUUUCAGUUUGACUGUGGAUCUGUAUAAAAGGCCUGUGCAGGAUCCACACUGCACUCAGUACUUCACUGCAGCCAGAGCGUCUGCACUGCUCUCUGACUGAUGAUGGCCAGCGACAAGUUCAGCCCAAACAAAACCUACAGCUCUGGAACAAACAUUACAAACAACGAUGAGCUGAGGAUCGUGAUGGUGGGGAAGACUGGGACUGGGAAGAGUGCUACUGGAAACACCAUUCUGGGUCAAGAGAGCUUUGAAUCCAAAUGCAGCGCCAAAUCCCUGACUGUAAACUGCUCCAAAAGCUCCAGUAAUGUGGAUGGACAGCAGGUUGUUGUCAUUGAUACUCCAGGUUUGUUCAACACCAGGUUUGGAAAAGAUAAAACAACCAAAGACCUGAGUCAGUGUGUCUGUUACGCUUCUCCUGGACCCCACAUCUUCCUGGUGGUCGUUCCAGUUGGCAGAUUCACAGAAGAAGAAAUAAAAUCGGUGGAAAUGAUUAAAAAAAUCUUUGGAAAGGCAGCAGACAGAUACAGCAUGGUUCUGUUUACUCGUGGAGACGAUCUUGGUGAUACCACCAUUGAUGAUUAUUUGUCUGAAAGCCCAGAACUGCAGGAUCUGGUGUCCAGAUGUAACGGCCAGUAUCAUGUCUUCAACAACAAGCUGGAAGAUAAGAAACCUCAGGUCACUGAUCUGCUGAAGAAGAUCAGAACCAUCGUUGACAGGAAUGGAGGAAGUCACUACACCAGUGAGAUGUUCCAAGAGGCUGAGAGGAAAAUCGAAGAGGAGAAACAACGAAUCCUGAAGGAGAAAGAAGAAGAAAUACGUAAAGAGAAAGAAAAACUGGAGAGAAAAAUAAAAGAAAAGUAUGAUGAAGAGAUUCAGAAAAUGUUUGAACAAUUCCAGGCUGAGAGAAAGAGGGAGAAGAAGAGAGAGAGAAAAGAGAUGAAGAGGAGAGUAAAAAGGAGAGAGAGAGGAGUGAGGUGGAGAAACGAAGAGAGUUUGCAGCCCUGAAGGAAAACCAGAAGAGAGAAAUUGAAGCUGCAGUCCCAGCAUGAAUCUCAGGCCAGAGAAGAAGCUGAGCAAAAUAAUUCUCUCUAUUAUUUGGCUAA